AUGAGUGUACACGGAGAAGAGACUACUCAUCAGGAUGAUGAAGUCAUACAGGCGGUCCGCCGGGAGGACCUCGCGGAACGCGAAGUCGACCCCAGAGUGUCGUGGGUGUAUCGGCUGAAUAAGGAGGAAGCGGUCGGCUACCUAGAGAGUCUCGGCCUGACGGCAGCGGGGACUUUGAAGGAGCUGAGGAGGAGGAUGGUCGAGCACCUUCGAUCCCGGACCGCUGCUGCCUCUCAACCAGGUACAGAGGCGGCACUGUCCCACUCUUCAGGCACGUAUAGUCAGGGAGAAGUCUGCGACAAGACUCCCAGCAAAACUAAUCGAAAAUCAGGACCCCGAUCAUCGAAAAAAGGUUUCAAGGAGGAUCAAAAGGAAGCAGAAGAAGAAAAAGAAGAGAGAGAAGAAGACGACUCUGAAGAUGAACCACCAUCCAAGAAACCGUCCAUAUCUAAAACACCUGAAACAUUGAAAAAUGGCAAAGGGAAGAAAAGAGCUGCCGAGAAAGAAAGUGACGAAGACGAACAGAGUGAGGAGGAAGUGGAGGUACCCAGCAAAACUAACCGAAAACCAGGCCCUCGAUCAUCGAAAAAAGGUGAUGACAAGGAAGAAAAAGAAGAGGAAAACAGCUCUGAAGAUGAACCGCUAACCAAGGCACCCAGCAAAACUAAACGAAGAUCGGGGCCCCGAUCAUCGAAAAAAAGUGACAGUGAGGAUGAAAAAGAUGAGGAGGAAGAAGAGAAGAAAGAGGAAAACAGCUCUGAUGAUGAACCGAUAACCAAGAAAAAACCAUCCAUGUCCAAAACACCUAAAACAUCGAAAAAUGGUACAGGAAGAGGGAAAAAAGCUGCUGAGCAAGAAAGCGACGAAGAUUGUGACAGUGAGGAUAAAGACGAGGCACCCAGCAAAACUAAACGAAGGUCGGGGCCCCGAUCAUCGAAAAAAAGUGACAGUGAGGAAGAGAAAGAUGAGGAGGAGGAAGAGGAAAACAGCUCUGAUGAUGAACCGAUAACCAAGAAAAAUUCCAAGUCCAAAUCACCGAAAAAAUCUAAAAAUGACAAAGGAAAGGGGAAAGGAGCUGUCAAGAAAGAUAGUGACGAAGAUGAGGAGGAAGUAGAGGUAAAUCUUGUUCUUUUUAUAUUGAGUAGUGAUCAUUCUAGAUAGUUUAGAUCAGUGGUCGCCAAACUUAUGAGCCUGUGAGCUAGAAUAGCAUUUAUAAAAUCUUCUAGUGAGC